AUGGCACGAGAGGUCAUCUACAAGAAAGUGAUGAAGGUGUCUGCAACACUCGAGAAACGGGUCAGACGCGGGAGGCACCGACCUCUCCACGCGCGGUUCAGGAGGCAGCGGCCCCCGGGCAGGGACCCCCCGACACCUCUUGUCCCCGGCCCGCGGGGACACGAACGGGGGCUGCUCGGCCGGGAAAGAGGUGGCCGGGACCGAACGGCCACCCGGGCCCCGACGGACACCGCGGGCGGGGCGGAGUACGGCUGCCUCUGCCUCGCGCUCUGCGCCCAGGUGGCCCAGGGCAAGUCGUGCGACAGGAUCUCCUGCUUCUCGGGCCACUGUGUCAACUCCACCUGCGUCUGCGAGCAGGGCUGGGUGGGAGACCAGUGCCAGCACUGCCAGGGCCGGUUCAAGUUAACAGAACCUUCUGGAUAUUUAACAGAUGGACCAAUAAAUUAUAAAUAUAAAACUAAAUGUACAUGGUUAAUUGAAGGAUAUCCUAAUGCAAUACUAAGGUUAAGAUUUAAUCACUUUGCUACAGAAUGUAGUUGGGACCAUAUGUAUGUAUAUGAUGGAGAUUCAAUAUAUGCACCUUUAAUAGCUGUAUUUAGUGGUCUAAUAGUCCCUGAAGUGCGUGGGAAUGAAACAGUUCCUGAAGUAGUUACCACAUCAGGCUAUGCAUUGCUACACUUCUUUAGUGAUGCUGCUUAUAACUUAACUGGAUUUAACAUUUUUUAUACUCGUAAAAUUAAUUCUUGUCCUAAUAACUGCUCGGAACAUGGGAAGUGCACAACCAGUAUGUCUGCUCCAAGCCGAGUAUACUGUGAGUGUGACAAAUACUGGAAGGGAGAAGCCUGUGAUAUUCCGUAUUGUAAAGCCAACUGUGGUAGCCCGGAUCAUGGAUACUGCGAUUUGACAGGCGAGAAGCUGUGUGUUUGCAAUGAUAGCUGGCAAGGUCCGGAUUGUUCUUUGAAUGUCCCCUCCACGGAGUCUUACUGGAUCCUACCAAACGUAAAGCCGUUCAGCCCAUCCGUGGGCCGGGCUUCCCAUAAAGCAGUUCUCCAUGGAAAAUUUAUGUGGGUCAUUGGUGGAUACGCGUUUAACUACAGUUCCUUCCAAAUGGUGCUGAACUACAAUUUGGAAAGCAGUAUUUGGAAUGUAGUGCCUGUUUCCAAAGGGCCACUCCAGAGAUAUGGACACACUCUUGCUUUAUAUCAGGAAGACAUCUACAUGUAUGGAGGCAAAGUUGAAACAAAUAAUGGCAACGUUACUGAUGAGUUGUGGAUUUUCAACAUACCCAGUCAAACCUGGAGUAGCAGAACUCCUGCAGUACUUGUACAUGGGCAGCAAUAUGCUGUGGAGGGUCAUUCAGCACACAUCGUGGAGCUGGAUAGCAGAGAUGUGGUUAUGAUCAUCAUUUUUGGAUACUCUGCCAUAUAUGGUUACACAAGCAUUGUGCAAGAAUACUAUAUCAGGUCUAAUUCUUGGCUUGUGCCCGAAACCAAAGGAGCAAUUGUGCAAGGUGGAUAUGGUCAUACUAGUGUCUAUGAUGAACUGACAAAAUCUGUCUAUGUCCAUGGUGGAUACAAAGCACUGCCUGGCAAUAAGUAUGGGUUGGUGGAUGAUCUUUACAGAUACGAAGUUAAUACUCGGAUAUGGACUAUUUUGAGAGAGAGUGGUUUUGCAAGAUAUCUUCAUUCAGCUGUCCUAAUCAACGGUGCUAUGCUCAUUUUUGGUGGAAACACUCAUAAUGAUACUUCCCUCAGUAAUGGUGCAAAGUGUUUUUCUGCUGACUUUCUUGCAUAUGAUAUAG